AUGACGGGACAGGAUGAUGUGGACAUACCCGCAACAGGAGCCAUCUUCACAUUUGGAAAGAGCAGUUUUGGUGACAACGUGCCUGGUAAAUUCUGGUUGAAGAAUGACCAGCCAGUGCAUCUAUCUUGUGGAGGAGAGCACACUGCUGUCAUUACAGAAAAUGGCAGGUUGCUCAUGUUUGGUGGUAACACUUCGGGCCAACUGGGGCGUGGAUUUAAGCCUGCAGCUACCAAACCUGAAACUGUGAAAGCCUUAAAGUCUGAGAAGGUGAAACUUGUAGCUUGUGGGAGAUAUCACACAAUUGUCUGCACAUGGAAGGGUAGUGUGUUUGUUACCGGCAGUAACCAGGAGGGGCAGCUUGGUUUGGGCCACUGCAACAACACCACAUCCUUUCACCUGCUGCAUUCCUUCUGUGACCAUGCACCAAUCAAAAUGCUUUCUGCAGGAUGCAACACCUCAGCAGCCUUAACAGAGGACGGGAGGCUCUUCAUGUGGGGAGACAACGCCGUGGGUCAGAUCGGUUUAGGGAAAGAGAGCUUUGCAGCAGAACCCAGACAGGUGGAUGCUGGUAAAGCAGUGAUGUGGGUCUCCUGUGGGUACCACCACUCAGCAUUUGUCACAGCGGAUGGAGAUCUCUACACGUUUGGCCACAGUGUCAAUGGAAGGCUUGGUCUCCAGGUGGAGCAGCUGGCCAAUCACAGAGUCCCUCAGCGUGUGCAAGGGUUUCCGGGUCAUGUCACCCAGGUGUGCUGUGGAGGUGAACACACGGUGGCCCUCACAGAGGACAAUGUGUACACGUUCGGCAGAGGCCAGUACGGCCAGCUGGGCCACGGGACAUUUCUGUUUGAAGCUGAUUUGCCAAAACCACUGGAGCACUUUUGUAACAGCAGCAUCAAACAUGUCGCCUGUGGAGAGAACCACACCGCUGUGAUCACAAACAGCGGGCUUCUCUACACGUUUGGUGAUGGUCGCCACGGGAAACUGGGAUUAGGAGGGGAGAACUUCAUCAACCAGUUCAGACCCACACUCUGCACACGUUUUCUCAAGUACAGUGUUCAGUUGGUGUCGUGCGGCGGUAACCACAUGCUGGUGCUGACUGAACCCAGACUGGACCAGGACGUCCCAAUCAGAGAGAGCUUUGUGGAACCAGGUUACACGGAAAUGCUGCUGCUGGACUCUUUGAUUGAUCCUAAUCCAACAUUCCCAAUCCCGGCCCUCGCUGCUCGAGCCCGCCACAGAGUCAAAGUAAACUCUGUGGAGCAUUUUGGAGAGAUGUUUCACAACCUUCCACGUCUAAAUUCAGAUUUCCUCAACACUUCCUGGAAAACGUCCAGAAAUAUCGCAACUCCAAAAAUGCCCUCAAAGGAUUUAGCCACCCCUUCAUCUCACCCAAAAUCAGAAGUGAGAUCAAGCCCACCACCCUCCCGCGGAUCUCAAAUCUCAUCGAGCCCACGUUCUCAAUUAUCAAACACCUUUGUGACUAAAUCAUUUACUGCUGCUUCUUCUAAGUCCAAUUUCAAAGAGCUCCCUUCUGCCUUACCAUCGCCAAAGACUAUAACUAAACAUAGCACCCUAGCAUCUCAUAAAAGGUCUUCAAGAAGAAGACUGUAUGGAGCGGCAACCGCCAAAAAGGCCUCAAUUGGAGAAUCUCCUUUAACACCGCAAGAGCCCUGCAAUCCCACCAGACCCUCCAGUGAUAUUUCCAAGCACCAUCAUGCUGCCUCGCCUGAAACAGUUUUUGCAGAGGGAGAAACUUCUCAUGGAAGAAUUGCAGUAGAAGAAGUGGAUGAAAAUAUUUCAGAGAAAGGAAUCGGCCCGGACUUUUUGCCAAACAUGGAAAAGAAGAAAGGCCCAGCUCUUAGAAGAACACCGGACGAAGGAGAGUUGUUUCAGUUCAAUGGGAAGCCAGGACAAAAGCCUCCCGAGGACUCACCCACAGUGCUCGUGAAAAACAGUUUGAAGAGAGAAGUGUAUCCACUGUUGAAAAACACAUUUAAAAGCAUCUCACCUAAAGGCAAAGAGAAUAACACCAACAAUGUCAGAAGUCACGGACAAGCUCACAAAGAACCCUCCGAUUUUGAAUCACCAAAACUAUCAAAAGAUCCACAAUCUGUCAGGAAGACACUGACUGAAGCACAACGGGGACUGAAUAAAGUGAAAGGAAAUGAUAGGAGAAAAAUAAUUAUGAAAAAAUGUAAUAUAGACAAAGAGGAAAUGGAGGCCAUCACUUUAAAGAAAAACUUGGUGGGGGCAACAAAAAAGGAGGAAAAUAAAUCAGCUUUUGAAAAGACAUCUAAUGGUAUCGAGAUCACUAAAGGAAAUGAAACAACAAGCCUCUCUGUCCAAAGUGGAAGUGGGUCUCCUGUAGAAAAAGAUGCAGAAAUCCAGAGUGAAACCACAGAAGUCAAACCUGUUGAAGUGCAGAUGCAGAAAGAGAUGCAGAGAGUUAAAUCCACUGCACUGGGAAAAGGUCAAAAUAAAGCACCGGAUUUAAAAUCAGCACUAGUGGGGAAAGAAACCAGAUCAAAUCAGAUUAAUACUAAGAAAACUGGAAGGGUGAAAUCCACACCUGUGAGAGUUGAAGGUGAACUGCAAGAAGUGCAAUCCACACUAGUAAAAAAUAAAAGUAAAUAUGUAGGAAACACUCCAGAUAAAAGUAAAAUCAAAGGAAACAUUUUAGAAAAAGAGUCGAACAGUCAGAAGAUACCUGAAGGUGACAGUGCUGAAGUAAGUUAUAAAAUGAAGUCAAUGGAGUCCAAGCUUAAGGCUAAAAGAAAAACAGGAAGUAAAGGAGCCGACAAAGUCGGAGUGAAAGGAGAGGCUGACUCUGAAGAUAUGACCAGGGCCAAACCUUCCAGCUCACUGAUAUCACAGCAGGAUACACCGCUUGAACUCCGGAGUAAACCCAUUUCCUUCCCAAGAACCCGGGGAGCGGAGGUGGUUUCCGCCAGCGGAGCGAAAUCCCUGCAAGGCUCAGCACCUGUUGGGGAUCUGAUUAUUUCUGGAACGCGCACAGAGGAAACUCAGAGCCUCACUGAAGAAAAGGCGAGUUGGGAAGAGAUCCUCAGUACCGCAGCCUGUCUUCUCCCUGCUGCUGGGAUGGCAGGUGCAGCUGUCGGGCUGCUUAGUGAGGCAGUGACAGGCGUGUUCCAGUCUGAUUGUGACCCAGUUACCUCCACACCCCCCAAGACACCGGGUCGAGUGAAACAUUUUACAAAGCAGGGUGCAGUUAUGCAACCUUCAUUUUCCCCAACGUUGUCACAUUCUUCUUCCACAGAAGGUUCAAAUUCAGCAGAAGGAAGCAUAAGGAAAGACGGUCUGGUUAAGAAGAAUGUAGUUCGAGAGGAGGAAGGUCAUGAUACCACUCGGUCACAAGAGCGGGUGAGGAAAAGGGACGGGGGUGAAGACUUCUCACAAACAAAUCAAAGGAACAUUGGCACAGAUGAGAGAACUUCCCAGCAAGAACAAGAAAAAAAUGAGAAAACGCACACAGAUCACGAUGGACAAGAAACCAAUCCCGUAGAUGAAGAAAAGGAGGUGGAUGAAGAAAGUAGAAGCAAUGUCAAAGAGAAAAAAGAAGAGGAUGGAAGUGAAAUUAGCAAUGACUUAGAGGAGAGUGUUACAGCAGCAACUGAGGAAGAGCAAGAUCAUGGUACCCCAGAGGCAGAUGGUGAGGGAGAAACAAGUUCAAACAGUGAGGAAAAGGAUGAAGGAAUUCAGAAGGCUGACUAUGGGGAAGAAGAAAGCAGUGACAGAGCAGGGGAAGGAGGAGGUGAGUCAGCAGAGGAGGAUGAGAGUGAAGAAUCUAGUGAAGAAGACAAUGAAGAAGAAGAGGAGAGUGAGGUGAGUGAGGAUGAGGACGAUGUUGGCGUUGAGGACUCAGGCAGCAGCAACAGCAAAGAAGUGGAGGAAGAGGACGGACACAGGGGUGACACUUUAAGGUCAGAUUCGGAAGAAGAAGAAGAAAACAUUGAGGAUGAGGAAGAUGAGGGACAAAGCAAUCUUCCUAAAAGUGAGGAUGAAGAGGACAACUCAGAAGAAGGGGAAGAGAUUGAGACACAAGACGAAGUGAGUGAUGACGAGAAGGAAGAUGAUGAGCUUGAUGAAGACGAGGAAAACCAAGAUAAAAGUAGUUGUAAAGGGAAAGAGGAGGAGGAGGAAUGUGAGACUGAAGCAUCUAUGGAACAGGGUGAAGAUGAGGACAAAACUGCUGAUGAGGAGGAAGAGGGUGAUGAUGAGGAAGAAGAAGAAGGAAAUGAAAAAGUUUCAGAGAAUGAGGAAGAAGUCGAGGAAGAGGAAGAGGAAGAAGAGCGUAAGGAGGGAAAUUAUGAGGGUGAGGGGGAAGAAGAGGGUGAGGAGGAAGAAGGAAGUACGGAGGAGUUUACAGAGGAAGAAGAGGGUGAGGAAGAAGAAGAGAUUAAGCAGGAAGAAGUAAGUAAGGAGGGGUUUACAGAGGAGGAGGAAGAGGGCGAGGAGGAAGAAGAGGGUCAGGAGGAAGAAGAAAGUAAGGAGGGGUUUACAGAGGAGGAAGAAGAGGGUGAGGAGGAAGAAGGGGGUCAGGAGGAAGAGGAAAGUAAGGAGGGGUUUACAGAGGAGGAAGAAGAAUAUGGCAAAGGAGAGUUAGCAAAGGAGGAAAGAGAAGAGGAAGUGAAAGAAGAUGAUGAGGAGGAAAAAAUAAAGAUGAAUGAGAGAAGUAUUGAGGCCAGAAAGAUGAUGGUGGAGAGCAAUGAUGAUGAUGAAGAAGAAGAGGAGGAGGAUGAAGAGGAAGAGGAGAAUGAAACAAAGGCUCAAAAUCUCAGAAGUCAAAUAGGAGAAACAAAACAGGAAUGCCUUGAAGAAAAAAAAGUUAAUGAUUCUAGGGAAAGUGAGGAAGAAGCUAACAAAGACGAUGAAGAUGGAGAAGAGGAGGAGAGUGAGGAAAAAGUAAAUGCUGCAAGCACUAUACGUGGUAAGAAACACGCUAAAGAGCAAGAUGAUGAGAAAGAAAAAGAGGGAAAUUCAUCUGUGGAGCAGGAAGAAGAAGAAGAGGAAGAGGAGGAAGAGGAAGAAGAGGAAGAAGAGGAAGAAGAGAAUGAAGAGGAAGGAGAGGAGGAAGAGAAUGAAGAGGAAGGAGAGGAGGAAGAGAAUGAAAAGAAAGGAGAGGAGGAAGAGGAUGAGGAUGAGGAGGAGGAGGAGGAGGAGGAGGAGAAAAAGGUCCAAUCAACAAAAAACAAAAAGAUGCAGGAUUUGCCUCCCGACAGUAAAUACAAACACAGUAAAGAAACACCCAAACCAGCAGCGAGGACCAAGCGGAGCGCUGCAGGAGAGAAGAAACCAGACGACUCGCAGCAGUUCUGGGACAACGUUCUGCCUCAGUACCUCGAUCUGCACUGAACGUGUGAACAAAGUACAGUUCAACUGGCAGGACAAGGACUCAUUACAAAGGCCAUGGAGGACCCCUGUUAUAUUACUACUGUCAACAAAUUCAAUAUAAAUACCAGAACUCAGAAGCAUUAGUCCGUCUUUCAAUAUGUACAAACUUUAUCCAAUGUUCAGACUGUGAAUUCUGCAUCAAAAUCCUACCCCACCAAAGUGUCAUUUGCUGCCUGAGAAAAUCUCUGCACUCAUGGGCGUAAAUAUAAAAAGGUACGAAAUGAACACUGUUGCUGAAUGUAAGUCUGUAUAAACAACAGUUAAAGACAAUUAAACGUAACCCAGACAAUCUUAUUCUUAAUCAUUGGCUGUAACACCACAUCAAAGUAAAGCAAAGAUGAAGUCAACGGACGUUUUGAUCACCUGACCUCAUGAGAACAUUCAUGUCACCAAUUCUUGUGCAAUAUUGGCAAAAACGAUUGGUGCACUUUAGCGUAUGUACAUAUUGUAUGUAUAUAUAUAUAUAUACAUGUAUAGCCUGUAUAUUUCGCUGGUAACCGUGUUAUAAAAGCAAUUAGGUACUUGAGGCAGUACUUUAUCUUCAAUAAUGUAACAGUUCGAGGGUUGCUUAACUACAUCCUCAAACUGUUUAUUGGACAUUAUUGGCUGAUAAAGUACAGCCUGUCAUACCUUAUUGCUUUAAUAUAUAUGUAUGUAUUUUUCUUUUUACAUGUAGCUUUGUGGAAGGAGG